GUUUACGCAGCCAUUCAAGACGGAAUAGAAUCAUACGGGACAUAACAACUAAUUUUUUGUAACUUUCUGGUCAUAAAAUAAAGUUUGUUGAAAAUUUCAUCGGAUAUAUUGUUUCCAGAUAACGUAUCGGUGGUAGUUACAGUAGCGCCUGAAUCAGGAUGUUAUAAUUUUAAAAGAACGAAGGCCUAUCCAUUCCUGGAACAAUAUUGUGGAGAUUGCAUAUUGCGACAAUGCCUGAAGUUGAACCACUCAGAUUUCCAUCAAGGGAGGACGGGCCAAGUUUACAAGAUCAGGUAGKUCUUCAAGCAGUGUGCCCCAGCAGACGUCGCAGUUGUGCCCUGGUUAACACCCCCUCACCGUGCGUCAACAAAGCUGUUUGCCAUAUUCAGGAGCUGAAGAGGAAAGUGGAGAACUGGUGUCAACAGUCAGGAAAUGUUCAGCAUCAGAUGUCUCAUGAAAAACAGCAAAAAAGCAAAACUUUUAGAUUGAUUUCCAGUGAAUCUGUGUCUUCAAUGAUACCUACAGAGUUAUACAUCGAAGGCAUUGGACUAAGUGCAAGAGGUGAAAGAGAGGGUGACCUGUUGUCUCCGCUGCGUAAGGAAACCACGGACGUCCUGGUAGAAGUAGUGUAUCUGAUUGAACGUCUGGAAGCUGAUCGCCAGGAUGCAGAGGAGGCUCUACAGUCGGAGAAGAAGAGAAGGAGAACUUUAGGGGGGAAAAUGUAUAGUAUUUCACUGUGGAAGCAGCAGGAGUUCCCUGUAGCUGUCCAGAAAGAGCAUGAGGCCUGUACCAGAGACAUCAGUGAAUUGAAAUGGCAUCUGAAAUUGAGAAGAGAUAAACUUCACCAAGUGACAGAUAGAAUGAUCAAGACAGAGGUUCUGAAUCAGCGGUUAAAUGAGGACAUUGAUUUCAUCAAGAAAAAUGGGCCUCUUGUGAAGGAAAAACUGCAGCUGGAGAGUGAUUUCAUGAUCCAAAUUAAUACGGCUCAACGUAAGGCCCUUGAGACAUUUUCAAAGACCUUCAGUGAACUGAAGAGUUUUCAAGAAGACAUGAGAAAGGAAGAACUGAAAGCAGAUGAGGAUAGAGGUUUGAUGUUCAAUGAACUUAAGGGCAUCAGGAAUCUGCUAAAUGACAGACUAACUGAAUUCCAGCAGCUGAUAGAUUAUUGGGAUGGCUACUGCAUUACAUUGAAGGAGACAGAGGAGAUGGUGGCUUUGAAGGAGGAGGAGUGGGGAGACAUGUCACAACGUAUCCCUGUGCUAGAGGUGAAGGAGACUGCAGUCAAUGAACUGGUUGUGGAGUUGAACAUAUUUAUUGAGGUUGAAGGUAGAAAAAUUGCACAAUUAAAGGAAGAGAUUUCAGAGCUGCAGAAAGAAGUCCAUGCAACUAGACUUGCAGGUGAAGCGGCGGUCUCUCACUCCGAGGAGGUGUUCUGUAAGAAACAUCAGGACAUCUUGGCUCUCCACGAGGAAAACAAAGAGUAUGAACUAGAGACUGAGGACUACAGUAACAUGAUCUAUGAGAGUGAACAGGCAGUGAAGCAGCUUCAGAAGGAGAGGAAGCGCAUGCUACAGAAGAUCAGUGUGAAUGAGGAACAGAGAGAAGAGGCCAAGGAGGAGUUGUCCCAGGUGGCAGCAAUGCACGCUAACACCAAGGUCAACCUGGAGGAGCUGGAGCAGCAGACCUUCAUGGAGGAGCAGAGGAUGAGGAAAGUGAUUGAGAAUCUGAAGAAAGACAUGAUGAGCGAGAUGAAAGCCAUGGCCAUUCUGAAGGAUACAUUAACAACAUUUAAAGCAGAAUUACAUCAGGAGCAAACCAACACAGAAAACGCCAGAUGGGAACUUCAUAAGGAAUUUGAAGAGGUGUCAUCAGCUACAAAACAACUGGAAAUUGAAAUGGAAAAACUGAGAAAGAUUUACAAUGAUAAAUCUGAGAAAAUUGAACGUUUAAGGGAGAAACUCUGUGAUGUUCUAACAGAACACAAAAACACUACAAAUUGUCUGAAAAAGGAAAGAAACCUGAAACUUGACCAUCUAAAUACAGUCAAGGAAUUACACCAAGAUGUUACCAAGAGGUUUGACCACGCCUUGAGCAGAAUCACAGUCCUCACUGCUAAGUCCAAAGAGUACAGAACAGAGUCUGACAGGAUGGAGGAAACAGCAGCCACAAUGCCAGAUGUCAUUGAAGAACUACAGUCCGUCUUUGAUGCCGUAGAGUUCAAAAACCAAACAGCUACGUUGAUCAUGAACACCUUAGACCGUGAUAUCACCAACUGUCAACAACGGAUUGAGCAAGCAGUGCAAACUCACACUACUCUAUUCACAACCAGACAGCAAAAAAUGGAGGAAACCAAGUCUGACCUAAAGGUAGCCCUAAGAGAGAACGUUGAGUUGGCCCACGAGUACAGAGCCCUUCAGAAAGUCCUGAUGAUCGCCAAGCAGGGGGCUGUUGGGGUGUUUGACGAGAGGAAUCGAGCAGAGGCAUCUUUUUAUGAUCACAAACAGAUUUCUUUGUUGCAGAAGAGGAUGCACAAAGCUGUGGUGAAAUACUUCAGACAACGCAACCUCUAUAGCCAGGCUGAACUGGCCCGCUUCCAGACCCUUUCUAACGAGAACAACCAGAAAAUAAAAACUGUCCAGGAGGAGUUGUCAGAAGCAAUCCGGCGCAUUUCUGCCUUUCUGCACUCUCUGGCAGAAGACUCAACAACCAGUGAUGAUGCUGCGACGAUGGAGACAGCAGCAGGGAACAAACAAGCGGGUCUGGAUGCCAUUGGGUUGAACAAGAAGAAGAUGCCUACAGUUCAGAUAACAGUGUAAUUGGACAUUCACCUGGUGCCAGACAACUUACUUACCCCAGCACG